AUGGCUGAAAGCUCCGACGUGGCUUCCCAGCCCGCGUCUGCUGCUCCAGUCACAGAUGGCGACGACUCGGACUGGGAAUACGAGUAUUCGGCGACAGAAACAGAGACCUACUACCUCACCCUCGACUUAUCUAUCCCCGACUUCCUCAAUCGCAGAGAGGACUACAUCGUUCACCAUACCCGCGGCGGUUUUCGAACAUGGGUCAAUCCCCUAUUGAAUCCGCCAGCGAUGCAAGGCGCGAACAGGGAAAUGAUGGAAGACGAGGGCGAUGCCAACGAUCAAACGGGCGGUGGCUCAGAUAACGGUGAAAAUGAGAUGGAGCGAGAAGAAGACGAUGAAGACAACGAUAAUGACUCCAACGACGGCCAGUCAACUCGGAAGAUUCUAAACAAGGGCAGACGGACGGGCAGAAACGAGGCUCACGCAGCCAGGGAGAUGGAGAAGCCAGGCCCAGAGGAAGAGGAUCCGACUGAGAUUCAGAUCCUCGAUUUACACAGCCCCGACCCCCUCGUCUCCUAUCGCGGCAGGAUAUUCACAGGGCAAUGGGCCAGCAACAUAGGCACAGAGAUGCUGUUCACUCGCCACGACUCGCAAAGCGGCCUUCCGGCCCUCCGCCAACUCCGUGACGACGUAGACCUGCUCGCCGCCAGCUCGGCCCGCAUCAACUUCACGCCGGUAGACCUGCGCUCCCACCACGGCAGCCACCCGGACAACCGGCUGCACCGCACGCGCGAGACCAACGGCUUCCUCAUCCAGGUGCACGGCGACGUGCGCAACCAGCGGCGCCCGCAGGCGCGCUUCCUCGAGCACCUCAUGGCCAUCAAGAAGCGCAAGGCCGAGCGGGACGAGGUGACGGUCUACGCGACCGAGGGGAAGCAGUACGAGCGCGUCGGCGGCGGCGACGGCGACGACGUCGCGCAGGAGGACGACAGCCUGCCCGUGAAGCUGGCCAAGUCGCGGCUGAGGCACCGCCGCCAGAGGGCGGAGCUGCACGAGAGCGCGCUGCGGGCGAAGAAGGCCCAGGAGCGGCUGCUGCAGGGGACGGGGCGGCCGAAGGGGAGGCCGAGAGGCGGCGGGAGAGGGAGGGGAGGUGCGGCCGCGGCCGAGGCGACAACUCUGGAAGGGAGCGGUGCUGGCGAGCAGAAUGUGUCGACCCCGACGCCAGGGACGUGGAAUGAGCUUGGGGAGGAUGAUGUGGGAGGGUUCUCUGCCGGUGACACGGAUAUGGUUGAUGUGUGA